CCCCGCGCGAAGAGAGUGGUCGCGCCCAAAAGUCCCGCCUCCAUACCUCACGAAUGCGCGCCGGGCCACGCUUUCUGCCCCUUCCGGCGAGGCUUUGUUCUUGGAGUUGUCGUCUUCGGCCUGCGGCUUGGGUGUUUGCAGGGGCAGUGCCCUUUUCCCGCUUCGGGUCGACUCUGCUCCCCGGCCGCGUUCCGGGUGCCAUGGCUUCUCGCGGGAGGAAGCGGAAGGCCGAGGCAGUGGUGCUUGCGGCGGCGGAAAAGCAGGAGAAGGUGGCAAGCGGCAAGGAGGGAGAGAAGGAGACAGUCGUCGUUAUCGAGCAUUGCACGAGCUGACGCGUCUAUGGGCGCAACGCCGCGGCCCUGAGCCAGGCACUGCGCCUGGAGGCCCCGGAAAUUCCGGUGAAGGUGAACCUUGCCAAACCCCGGAGGGGCAGUUUCGAGGUGACGCUGCUGCGCCCGGACGGCAGCAGAGCGGAGCUCUGGACUGGAAUUAAGAAAGGGCCUCCUCGUAAAUUCAAGUUCCCUGAGCCUCAAAAGGUGGUGGAGGAGCUGAAGAAGUACCUUUCAUAGGGAAGUUUGGGCAGAAGUCCUCAUGCUGAGCCUUCUAUCCUUGGGGAUGUUGGAGCAUUUAUGAUGGGACACGGCCAAAUUUCAGUCAUGUACCUGAAGCCACUGUUUCUUCCCCUCGGGAAAUGAUGGUUCAGUUGUGAGGCAACCCUCUAUGAAGGCACUGUAAAAGUUCUUGGAUUUAGUUUAAUAAAAGUUCUUGGUAUAAAGUA